AUGUGGUGGCUCCUAGGACUCCUUUCGGCGCUCGUCGCGCUUGGUGGCGGCUCUACCUUUGCGCCAAACAAGGAGUUACUCGAAUGUGCAAGCCAGAUCCUGUAUAUGAACCACCACGCUUAUAAGAUUCCCGAAAACUACAAUAGAAACAUUCCACCUGGUAAAAAUACAACUGUGUACAUCGGAAUUAACGUCCAUCGAGUGUCUGGUGUUGACGAAAAUAAAGAGGAAAUAACUCUGGAUAUUUUCCUGCAAGUGUCAUGGGAGGAUGGCCAGUUGCAAAUCCCGCCUGGCAUGACCUUCAUAGACCUUCCAUGGGAGUUUCGACAGUUAAUUUGGACGCCGGAUCUGUACAUUUGGCAACUGCAAACCAUGAGAACUAUGUCCGUAUUACAAGAGAUGGCUUCACUCAGAGUUUACUCAAACAACACCGUAUCAGUCAACAUAGGAGCUACAAUAACAAUCAAAUGUCAAAUGGACUUCGUUCUUUACCCGUUGGAUGUGCAGAAAUGUGCCAUCGAUUUCGGCAGUUACAAAUACACAUCAGAAGACGUGCGUUUCGAGUGGCAUGCAGGUGCACCGUGGCGGGGCCUGGUUGGGAAGCAGCCCAACCAAUUCCGCUUGCCUAAAUACGUGGUCACAUUCGUCACGGACAAAAGUAAUCAUAUUCGAAAUUUUGGUGAAGGUGAACACUCAGCGGCACGGUUGCAAAUCAAGUUCUUUUGCGUAAUACCCGAGAUAGUUCCCGGUCGAAUGGUGCUCCUCGUGACUACACUUCUAUCUCUUGUCACAAUGUUUGACACAGUCAGUACAAACUCGCCAGACGCCCUGGAGCUGAAGUGUAUCGAAGUGUGGUUGAUCUCAUGCACGAUAUUCGUGUUCCUGGCUUUGCUCGAAUAUUUCGUGGUGCUGUUCGGCAUCCGUUACGACAAAAGCUGGUGUAAGCGGCGGCAGGACUUGCGUAGGGCUCAUUCCGUAGCGCAGCUCGCUCCUCCGCCUUUACACGUAAACCAUUCACAGAGAAUGGGCACACCAGUGACAGGAACGCCUCAAGGUGGCGUCUUUUCACCACAAAUUAACGUUGAGGACGAAGGCCUGAAGCAACAAUUCUCACAUCAAACAAUACAAAGGGAUUCACCUAUAUUGGAGACGAUGCCGCCAAAUGGGUCAAGAGGCUUUCUAGCGCGAAUUGCUACCAUGAUGGACCACGGUGUGAUGUUCUGUGGAGCACAACAUGGAACACUAGAUAAAAUUGCCCUUAUGGUGUUCCCUAUAUGUUUUUUUCUAUUUGCUGUCAUUUACUGGACCACUUAUCUUAGUGAAGCGCAUCGAGCAAUGCACGAGUAA